UCAGUCUGUUGCGAACCUCCACCGUAGACUGUUCUUUAUAUAUUUUAUCCUGCAAAUACUAUCAAGUAAAAUACUAUUAUUAUUUUUUUUUAAAUUAUCCUCGAAGUAAAUAAAAGAAAGAAACAAAAUACAAUGUCUAUAAUUAUUUAAAUUACAAAGUAAAAUUUAGUUUUUUUUUUAUUGAUAUUUUUGAACUUAAAUUUUUAAAUUAAACAUUUAAAAAUUUUGCUGAUAUAUUUGUAUCAACAUUUUGAAUUUUAAUAAAUAUUAUUGAUAGUGAUGAUGGGACUUUGUUGGGAGUUUUUCUCUAUUAAAACGACAAGUAAAAUAAAUUGAUUGUAAAUAAUUGAAUUUAAAAAAUUACUGAAAAAAAAUCGUCAUGUGGAAGUGUUGGAUUUUAUUAUUAUGCUCAACAGGCUUGUCAUGGAGUAACUAUGUAGCGGGGCCACAGAGUGUAAGUGUAAAUUUAUCUGAAAACAAUCACGUGGAUAAUGAAGAUAAAAAAGAAAUUCGUGUGAUACGACGUUUUGCUUGUCCCGUUGGAUUCUUCCGGUUAAAGAGGAAUUGUUACUAUUUAAGUGCUGGUAUGGCGCCUUGGAGAGAAGCGCAUUUUCAUUGUAAGGAUAGAAAUUCCACACUGGCUAUUCUUGAUAGAAAAGCGAAAAAUCGCAGACUGAGAAAGUAUUUAAUGGGCGAUCAAUUUACAAAGCUCGAAAGAUGGAUUGGCGGUAUUUAUAAUUGGCAGCAAAUGUCAUGGGAAUGGGGCGUAUCGGGUGAAAAAAUAAAAUUUCAAAAUUUUGAUAAUUCAAGUCACAGCAACUCAAAUGAAGAAUACGCUUGGCACUGUGUGGUAUUAGAUCCAUUGGUUAAAUAUAAAUGGAGCCCUAGAAGUUGUGUUAAAAAAAAACAUUACAUAUGUCAAGUACCCGCUGGACGAAUAGGACGUAGAAAAAAGAAAAUUGCAGACCCUAAUGGUGAGCUACAGAACCAAAGAGAUAAACCGAAAAAGAGAGGAAAAAAAUAUAACAGAGAAAAGGAUAAUAGUGAAGAACGUCGACGUAAUAAAAACCAAAGAGAGUCGAAACGUAAUUGGGCAGUAGAAAAUAAUAAUAAUAAUGAUUUUAAAAAUAAUAAUAACAGAAACAACAAUCAAGAUAAUCAAGAGUGGGCACACGGAGUUAAUAUUGGCUCAAGACCUCCUACAUCGAGAUCAGGACAACCGAAACCAAUCAACAAAACUCGUCAUCAAUCAAACAAAAUUCGCCAACAUGAUGGUACACCCAAGAUAACUCAAAUUAUACCACAAGGUUACGAGCAUGGUGCAUUCCUGAGAGAUGGACCAUUUGAUAUGAACCCUCAAUCUUUGUCAGACGACAAAACUCUAUCGCAGUAUCACAAUAAAAUAAAUGAUCUAUCACUAGAAGAAGUCUUGUUAAAAACAUGAAUCUUUACAAAAAUUACUAGGUAUUUUUAAAAAAAUGUCUAUGAAAAAUAAUAAAAAUAAUAUAUCGCUUAAAUAUUUAUCUAUAUUAUAAAAAAUAUGUGCUUGCGAAUCUAUGAAAGAUAUAUAUUAUAAAAUGCUCUCUCCGACUCAUAGUUAAUCAGUGUAAGAACAUAAAUAAUUUAAAAGUUGUCGUUUGAAUGUUUAUUUUUUUACAAACUAAAUAAUCUAAAGCUUAUAUUUUUUUUUGUUUAUUUAUUAAUUACUAAAAAUGAAUAAUUAAUAGGGUAAUAAUAAUUUAAUUAUUUAUAAUUUAAUGCUUCAUUUGUAAAUAUCGUUUCAUGUUAAUCACCGAUUAUUUUAACAUUGUAAUUGUAAAAACAAUAACAAUAAUAAUAAAUAAUAAUAUUAACUCGAUUAAUUGAUUCAUUUUCGUAAAAUUUCAAAUUCCUCGGGCGUUUUUUAAUAUAAUUAUCGUAAAAAAAUAUGGCUUACCUUUAUGUAUGUACAGAGAGCAUCACCCUUGGGAUUACCUUCCGAAUCUCGGUACAAUUUUAUUUUGUCUUUAUUUUUGUCAUCCCGCGCAAUGAGACCGUAUUUUCCCACUAGCUCGACAAGUUGCUCCAUCGUAAUAUCUAACGGCAACCCGGAAAUGUAAACAGCUGUAUUGUGAACUGGAUCAAUUUCGAACCACGUCGGUGGCUCCGUUGCUUUCUUUUUUGCUUCAACUUUGUUUCGUUCCUUUUCUGCUUUAGGAUCAGUUUUUUUUACUUCUGGUUGAGGCGCUGAAUUUGGAGUAGUACUUUGAUCCGUAAAACCAUAAUUCAAUUGAUACAUUGCUAUGAAAUCAUCAUCCACCUGCAAUAAUAAUAUAUUUUUUUAAAUGAAAGCAUUUAAAUAUUAAUAAUAAUAAUGUCUAUAGUAACCUUAGGAAACCAGGCAUUUUUUUCUCUAUCCCAGAAAUAAACGGUGCCAUCAGUGGUAUCAGUGUAAGUAUGGGUAUCAUUUUCAAAACCAUAAACGACACUGUCGUUAUUGCUACCACUGGGAUUAUUAGCAUCGGGUCCAGCAGAACUGUCAUCAGCUUUUACUUCUUUAUCAUCUUUUACAACCCACUCAUUUUUACUUUCGUUAAAUUUAUAUGUUACAUUUGUUACUUUAUCAGUGUAUAUAUAAUUGUUACCAUCAAAUUCAUAAUCUUUCAUUGGAUUGUCGUCUUUAUUUUCGGUUACUUCACCUCUGGGAAUCCAACUAUUUUUCUUAGCGUCCCAAAUUAACUGUCUUCCAGUUUUUGGUUCUGUGUAAAUGCAUAAAUCUCCUUCAUACGUCAAAUGCUUUGAAUAAUUUGAUGAAUUAUCUACUGAUGAAUCUGAUUGUUUAUUUGCUUUAUCGUCUUUUUCAAUUGGCUCGUCUUCAUCUGUAUCAAACUCUUCAAUGUCAUCGUCGUUCUUACUGUUAU